GUCAAUCUUAGAAUCAUGGCUGCUAACGGCACGACUAAUGGGUCUACGAGUAACAUUUUGGGCUGCGGCCCAUCAUUUGGUGAUUCCUACUUCUCAAAAGUCGCCAUAAUCACAGCAAACGUCGCUAUGAGUUUUCUUGCUAUUUUAGGGAAUUCACUUGUGGUCCGUAUCAUCCAAAAAAACCCUCGUAUGCGGACUUCGUUUAAUUACUAUAUUGCAAACAUGGCCGCCUCAGAUGUGCUUGUGCAGUUCUUCUCGACGCCGAGAAUUGUAAGCGAUGCGCUCCUGGCGCCGAGAGUUUGGCUGAUCACAGGUCCGUUUGGAGAGAUCCUCUGCAAACUCGUGUUCUUCGUUCAAGACAUCUGCACUGCAGUGUCUAUAGAAUGCCUGGUUCUUAUCGCUAUCGAUCGUUUUCUGGCGGUGGUCACACCCACGCGCGCUCGAAGCACGAGCACGAAGAUCAGGGCGGUCAUUAUCAUCAUGACUUGGGUCGUAGCUGGUUUGAUUUCCUCGCCACAACUACACUUCAGUGUACUAUACACGGGGAACAACACUCAUCACGUCAGAUGUGUUAUUGAUUGGGGGUCGUUCUUCCCAGAGGAUGCGCACAAUAAGUAUAUCGCCUUCCUUGUAUUUUUUCUGUUUGUCUCUCCGUUUGUGGUCAUAGCUACACUGUAUGCUAUAAUCUUUGUUGUCGUUAAACGACGUAAGGUUCCCGGAAACGAAACGUGCGUGAAGCAACAGCUUCGACCACACCAGAAAGCGCGAAUGAAUGUAUUAAAGCUCGCGUGUGUGGUGGUGGUUAUAUUUGUAUUCAGUUGGCUUCCCCAAGUUGUGUUUUUAUUUUUGCUGAUGACUGAAUGGGGCUGGGACAUACCGUGUAAUAUGCGCCUUUUCCGCUUUCUGGCACUUUUCCUGGCGUACUCCACUACCAUGACAAACCCAUGUGUGUACUUCAUGUUCAGUGCAAAUUACAGGCAGGGACUUAGGAAGAUGUUUCCUUGGCUUGGCAUAAAGUACAAGCGUAGUAGUUUGAUCCAAUCGAGGACACGCUCGCGGGCACGGACAUGGCAGACUAAUCAGACGGAUAGCGGCGCAGAGGCAAACAUCGGUGGUCAUCUUGUAACUACGGCCAUCUAGCGGCCUCACGCCAAAACUCAACCGCAAUGCGAAAUACAAGAAUAAUAGGGAUAUGGUAAAAAUUAACCUUGUUAAUAUUGUCAAUGUUCGUCGUUUAACGCUUUUUCUGUAAUUUAGUUUCUAGCUGCGAUAGAAAUAAUUAAACUUUAUUAUUAUUGUUAUUAAGUUUAUUGAUAACUCACUUGUCAUGCACUAGCUUUUUUGUACUCGCUUGCGCUUUGUACAAUGGCAUAUUUUUUUAGAUUUACUCGCUAUGUAACUCACAAAAUACACGGCAAACAUUUGUCUUCGGAUUUAAUUAACCCAUGACGCAUAGCAAAGGACUUUAAUUACCAAACUAGGAGCUUUUGCUUCAUAAACAUAUUCAUGUCAGACUUUUAAGUUGUUCUAUCUUAGAUUGCUCUGAAAGAUCUUAUCCUUUGAGAAAUUAUACAAUUAAAAAGGUGUGAUAGAUGAGAUAUGAGCUUGCCAGUUGGGGUCCUAAUAACCACAGCAAACAAACUUUAAGGAUGCAAAUAUGACUCGCCUUAGAUUCACCUGUAAGCAUGCAGCUUGUAGGCGAAAUGAACAGCACUUUAGAAAACCCGACUUUUUGUGCCUAAUAAUAAACAUAUGUUAUGGAGGCAAGAAAAGGCGUAGUUACUAAUAAAAGACAAAAUAUUACA